AUGCCGUCCGUCAAGAACCCCAACGGUCCCUCCAAGAACCGCCUGGCCAACAGGGCCCUCGGCGCCAAGAUUGCCCGCCGCAAGAAGUCCGAGGCAAACCGCCACCAGAUUGCCAGGACGGACACCAUGCGCGGCGCGAGGCCCGGCCUGAUGCCCACCAGCGGUCCCAACGCGCCCAUGAGCAAGAAGAAGGCCAAAAAGAUGGAGAAGAAGAUUGCCAAUGCGCUGAGGAGGCAGAUGGAGGCUAAUGGAGAGGUUAUCAUGCAGGACGCCGAGGGCACUGCCGAGAAGCCUGAGGAGGGAGACAUGGAGACGGAGAUCAUUGCAUAG